GUCUGAUAAACAUUAUAAAACAACGUACACAUUAGAAUUGAUGAGAUACACUUUGAAAUAAAUUAGGAAAGAAUGAAUAUUGAUAUUUAAAUAUAUUAUUUAACAAAUGAAUGGAAAUAAAAUAUAUCAGAAGAGUAGUUUAAGCUAUCUCAUGAUAACAUAUCACAGUCUCCCAAGUUUGGGGGAAUCCCCAAAGUCUGGUGACCUUCACCAAGGUUAAAGGGGGAUUUUUGGGAAAAUAUUGGGGAAUUUCUCCAGAUCUGGAGAAAUUUUGGGGUUUUGGUGCCAUUUCCCCAAAGUUUACUAUGGCGACUUCCCCGAAAUUGGGAGCUUGGGUAUAUUAUACCAAAAUUAAAGCUGUAUUAUUAUUAUUUUCAUUGUACAGUUGUAGCGGCUAGUCCUAUGUUGAGCUCAUAUAGGUUAUUCUAGUUUCGAGACAGACCAAUAUAUUCAUUCUUCUUGAAUCACUUUUGAUCUUGUCAAUUAUUCGCUUCCACUCGUUUAGCCUUUGCCUGACCUCGAUUCAAUUCGACCAUACAGUUAAAAAGUGAAUAUAAAUGGAACGUAUGAAUGAGUAUAUGAUACAAUAUUUUUUAAUAUAUUGUCUUACACUUGAUCAACAUUUAUCAUUAAAGGAAAAAUUUCAGGCCACCUGUAUAUUACAGAAAAAUAUUUCCUAGAAUGUUUAGUUGAUUAUAUUUUAAAAUAGUUAUUUAUAAAUCUCUUUCUACAUAUUUAAAUCAAUAAAUUACAACACGGAGAAACUUUAUAAAGCAAUGUAUAAGGCAACAAAUCGUUUCUAUCCUCAAUUUUCAGGAUAUUGUUGGUGUUGGGAUUACAAAUCAACGUGAAACAACUGUUGCAUGGAAUAGUGAAACAGGGGAACCAUUAGCUCCAGCUAUUGUAUGGUCUGACGCAAGAACUGCUGACGAUGUUAUAAAAUUUACACAAAUGGCGCCUGGUAAUAAAUCGAAUGCUUUUCAGGAUUUAUUUGAUGGAUUUUGCUAAAACAAAAAUCCUUCAUCUUCGAAGAUUUAUAUGCUAACAUUCAUCGUUUGUUAAUCAUAUUACAGGUUUACCGAUACAUAGUUAUUUCUCAGCUUUAAAAAUGAAUUGGUUAUUAAAUAAUGUAAAGUCAGUGGUUGAAGCAGAUAAAGAAAAUAAAUUAUUAUUUGGCACAGUUGAUUCAUGGCUGAUAUGGAAACUAACUAGUCAGAUGUGCCAUGUUACUGAUGUAACGAAUGCAAGCCGUACACUACUAUUUAAUUUGAAUACAUUGGAGUGGGAUCAUGAUCUAUGCCAAUUUUUUAAUAUUAAUCCUCGUACACUUCCAAAAAUAGUAACGUCAUCUGAAUUAAUCGGUGUUAUUCAAGAUUCAAAAUGUCUAAUGAAAAGCAUUCCUAUUUAUGGGAUAUUAGGUGAUCAACAAGCAUCACUUGUUGCACAAACAUGGGGACUGUCCAGUUCUGUAGAAGAAAAUAAUCUACUAGAUAUAUCUAGGGUUAAAGUAACGUAUGGAACUGGAGCAUUUAUGCUAUGGAAUAUUGGCUGUCAGCCAUAUUUUUCAGAUAAAGGUGUUCUAACAACAAUGGCUUAUAAAAUGGGUUCAAAAGGAAAACCAUAUUAUGCUUUAGAGGGUGCUAUAUCAUUUGCUGGGGCUACAAUGAGAUGGUUAAAGACAAAACUGGACGUAUUUAAAGAUGAAGCAGAAUGUGAGAAAUUGUCUUCUUCAGUAUACAGAAAACAAAGAUUUAAUGAACCAGAUCCAUGUUAUUUGGUUCCAGCAUUUAGUGGUCUUUUCUGUCCAUGGUGGCAAGAAAGUGCACGUUGUGUCAUUUGUGGAAUCACAGCGAAUGUUGAUAAAUCUGAUCUUGUUUAUGCUGGCUUAAGAUCAUCAGUUUAUCAAACAUAUGAUGUUCUCUUUGUGGCUACUUUAGCUAAAGCCAAUAAUAAAUGCAAUUCAAUAGUUCCAUUAAUGGCAUUAAAAAAACCCACUGAAAUUAUUGUUGAUGGUGGAAUGUCCAAUAGUGACAUUCUUAUGCAAAGUUUAGCUGACAUUUUGAAUGUAACUGUUCGACGUCAUAAUCAUUCUGAUGUUAUGACUGCAUUAGGUGCAGCAAUUACUGUGGCAUUAGCACUGGAUAUUAAUCCAACUGGAUUAUUAAAAAUCCGAGAAUAUUCAACUAAUAAAUCAGUUGAAUAUCAGUCAACAUUUUAUUCAAAAAUUAAUUCAAAUGAUCGUGCUAUUAAAUUAUACGGUUGGCAUGAAUCAGUUAAACGAAGUUUAAAUUGGAUAUCGAAUAAGUCAAUAAAUGAAUCACAGAAUACACUUUUCGAUUUAUUGGAUCAUAUCUGUAAUGAGCAACAUGAAGAUGAGAAGAAAAUUAAAAAAAAUCAGUGCUCAUUAAAUUCAUCACAAAAAAUAUCGUUUGGUCUAACAGUUAUUGGUGUAUUUUUACUUGGACUGUUGGUUGGUCAGAGAAUUAAAUGAUCUGUUUACGUUUUACUUUAUCAUAUAUGGGAGGCGAUGAUUUUAACUUAAUUUCAGAACGAACUAUCUUGUUAUCAGUCAUUUUAUCUAUUUAAUAAAAUAUACUUAAAUAAUUUC